CAAUUAUGUAAGCUACCAAGUGAAUAAAAACACGCGUUUCUAAUUUUUAUUCGCAAAAGAAAGUGUUUUUUUUGUGAAAUAAUUUGUGUUUUUAAAAAAUAAUGGCCGGUUAUCGUUCUCUACCGUUGGCUCCUGUUUCUGCCACAGCCAUGGCUGCGGUAACGGCCCAACCGAAUGGACCGACCAUGUAUCAUCAUCAGUCGAUGACGGCUAUGUCAAAUAAUGCUACAGCAACGGCCACAGCGGCAGCAGCAGUAGCAACUGCUACGGCCCGGCAAUAUGCUGCAACUGGUUCAGCAACAGCGCCACCGGUACCACCACCUCUACCCACGGCCUCCACCACCCACCUAGGACUGGGACAUCAGCAAGCCCAGCAGCAACAACAACAGUUACAGUCGUCACAACAAAAUGCGCACCAACAUCAGCAGCAACAACAACAGCAGCAGCUGGUGCAUCAUCAACAACGUUCGGUAAUGCAGCAACAGCAGCAUCAACAACAUCAGCAACACUUGAUGGCUGGACAUCAUCCUCACCAUCAUUUAGCCCAACAUCCCCAUCACCCGCAUCAUCAUCAUCACCAUCAUCACGCUCAUCCGCAUCAUCCUCAUGCCCAUCAACAGAUUGCUCUGCAUCAGAAUCUCUUCUUUAGUGGUACCAGUUUGGCGGGACAUGCCCAUCAUCGCCAGUUAUUUAGUCACAUGCAAAGUGCCAUUAUGCCUCUGGGUGUUAAUUUAUUUUAA